CGCACGCAUUUAGUACGCUGUGUGCCUCACGCACGAGCUGGAGCCUCAGUCAGCAGUUAUGUUACAAAAAAAUGCGUUCUAGCCCACCCUCAAGCUGUCAAAACAUUUAUUUGUUCCAAUCAAUAAAUGGUAAAGGAGACAUACUCCAAUCGAAAUACAAAAACAGUUUCUCGGGCCGCCUCUCAUGUGCGGCUGCUCCAAUCAGCAGGUCUAGUUUGUUGCUGCCUUUUGUGAAGGGGGAUCCAGGCGCUUUAGACUCGCAGCUAGGAAGCAAUCAAGAAAUCGUUUCAAGAAGAAAAAAGAUGUCGGCAGCUGAGGUGAAGGCUGGCUCUCAGAAUCUGGAGCAGUUCCUCCUUCUUGCCAAAUCCACUAAAGGAGCUGCGCUGGCAGCCUUGCUGAAGCAGCUGCUGGAGAGCCCCGGUGUGUACGUGUUUGGAGAGGUGUUAGACAUGCCCAACGUAAGAGAGCUGGAGUCUGGUCCUCAUGCUUCAGUGUAUCAGCUUCUCAACCUGUUUGCGUACGGAACCUACUGCGACUAUAAAGAGAAUGCAUCCUCCCUGCCCGAGCUCAGUGCUGCUCAGAAGAACAAGCUGCGCCACCUCUCUAUAGUCACGCUGGCAUCCAACCUCAAGUGCCUGCCCUACUCCCUCCUGCUCACGGAGCUGGAGAUGAGGAAUGUGAGGGAGCUGGAGGACCUGAUCAUUGAGGCGAUCUACGCUGACAUCAUCCAGGGCAAGCUGGACCAGCGCAAGCAGCAGGUGGAGGUGGACUUCAGCAUGGGCCGGGACCUGCAGAGAGGAGAGCUGCCUUCCAUCUCGCACACCCUGCAGGAGUGGUGCUCUGGCUGUGAAGCAGUGCUUGCUGGGAUUGAAGAGCAGGUGAUGAGGGCCAAUCAGUAUCGUGAGCACCAGCUGAAGGUCAAGCAGCAGGUCGAGAACGAGGUCUCGAAUCUCCAGAAAACUCUCAAGGCUUCCUCCUCUAACUCCUCCUCUACGUCAUCAUCAGGCCCCACCUCCGCCACUGCUGCAGCCAAUCAAGACCCAGAGCAGCAGGCUGGCGAGCCACGAGACUCCGUCCCCUCCCAGGACCCCCGGCAGCCAACUAGCAAGAAGAGCUCCAAGGUCAAAGGGUUGCGAGGAAGUGGCAAGAUUUGGUCCAAGUCUAACUGAAGGAAAGAAGAGAGAAAGAAACAAAGGAAAUGAGAGGGGCUUCUGCUCUACAGAGAGAGAGAGACCCCUAAACACACACAUGUGCGCACUGACACACACACACACACACACACAGAUUUACAUGCAUCAAUAUUGUUCAUUGGGUUGUGUGAAUGCUUCGUUUUAUUUUCCUCACUAAUUAAAAGGAAAGUGUUGCUAAUGGAGAUUUCAAUGAGAGAAUGGGCUUCAUUCAAGCCUGGUUUAGCACUUAUAUUUAACUUAAAGGGUACAUCAGAACUACAUGAAAGAUAAAACAAACUAUCUCACCUUGCUGUUCCGAAUGUAUUUGGACAUUGUAUAAUAAUCCCUAUGCGCCCAAACAUCUGCAUAAUGCCACACUGCUAUGUCAGUGAAAAUCACUGUUCUCAAGCAUCAUUUCUGAGCCAAUAAAUAAAUAAAUACUGCAUUUUUUCAUCCUUCGUAUUUGGUUUUCAUUUGCAUUUACCGUUGAGUAGGAAAGUCGAAUUCGGCCACAAAUUCCAGCUCCCUAUCACUUUCUGAAAAAUUUGAUUUUGAAAUAUUGUCUGGCAUUAUUUCGGACGUUCCCUGUGUAUAGUCACACUUGCUGAGGAAAAUUUGAAUUUAAACUGUUAAUGACACAGCUUCGAUAUUUAACAACGAAAGCGCACAUGAUGCAUAAUUUACUAUACAGCGUAAGGUUCCAUUAUAAUAAUAUUCGUGGUUCCAAUUCAGCCUGUAAAUCCCUGCAACUUGUAGCAGUGGAACGGUGUGUUUUUCUUUCCGUUUGUAGAUGUUUGCUUGCCAUUGUAACUGUGUCUGUUUGUUUUUCUGUGUUUUUGUUAUUUCUGUAUACCCCAAGGUGUCUGAUAUCAAACAAACCCAAACAGACACAGUUACAGUGGCAAGCAAAAAUCUACAAACAGAAAGAAAAACACACAGUUCCACUGCCAUAUUGAAGCUGUGUAACUGUACACAUGGAACGUCAUAAAUAAUGCCAGACAAUAUUUCAACAUCAGACUGUUCAGAAACUGAUAGGGAGAUGGAAUUUGUGGCUGAAUUCGACUUUCCCACUCAAUAGUUUGAGAUGUGUUGAAUGUGUUGUGAAUGUGUUGUGUCAGGAAAUGCAAAUGAAAACCAAAUGCGAAGGAUGAAAAAAUGCAGUAUUUUUUAGGUUGGGUCAUCCUCAAAGACCUCAUUCCAAAGGGAAAUACAUAAUUUCUGAAUCUCAUUUGCUAUUUUAUUUGUUACGUGUCAAUUCUGUAAACAUUCCGAAUCAGCUGGAGCUAUAUCUAAGACUUUGAGGACGUAUAUUGAAAUAACACAGUGCUGCUAUAAUUAUGGGUAGGUCCCUUCAUUAGUUAGAAAUUAGAACAAAUCUGUCUUGGGUUUUGUUUUCCCCGCAACCACUUACACAGCACAGAUGUGUUUUUUUUUGUUUUAAAAAUUGAAUGCAACAUUAAUCAUAAUAAUACAUCAAAUUACAACAUGCAAAGAAAACGUACAGUUUGAAAGAUGCCUACUACACAAAACGAAAACAUGUACAAGUUCCUUCCUUAUGGAAAAUUAAAUGGUCCGUGUUUGUCACACAGACUAGUGUGUUUCCACACGGGUAAUAUUGCUUAUACAAUGCUUGAUUGGGCAUGCACUGGUAUGUUUCAGAGUACAUGUGAGGGUACAUGCAGAAGUUUUUUGGCAUAGAAGAGAUGCUUGAGAACUGUGAUUUUGGACAUAGCAAUGUGGCGUUAUGCAAAUGUUUGGGCACAUAUGGAUUGUUAUACAAUGACCAAGUACAUACGGAACAGCAAGGUGGGAUAGCUAAGUGUUUUAUCUUUCAUGUAGUGCUGAUGUACCCUUAGAUAAGUCAUGCGUUUUAAAGAAAUCUUGUCCUCCUAUAGUGGUGUAAAGAAUGUAUCCUUGAUUGUUGAAAUAAAAUACAAAUUAACACAA